AGAUAAGAUUAAAGUCAACAGUGUUUUGCUUAUUACUCGCUUAUUAAUUUCUAAGUGGUUUAUCGUGGCAAUCGAUCUGAGCGCAUAGAGGCUAAACUUAGCAGGAGGAUUGGUUCAUUACGCACAAAGUCUAUGCACUGUUAGCACAUGGUUGCACAGCAAAAAGAAAUAUAAUUGUUACAGUUUUUUUAACAUAAAAACUGUUGCUUAGAUACUAAAGCACAUUUUCACUGAAGAAAGCUAUCAAAGCGAAGCACGUUUGCCACCUCACAAAUAUUCUGUUUUCUUCUGUUUUGACGGCUGUAAAAUGACUCUGGAUGGUAGUAUGGACAGCCACUCGAUAUCGAGUGAAUCAACACAAGGGGACGACGAGGUCCGGACUCUCUUUGUAUCGGGGCUUCCUAUGGACACAAAACCUAGAGAAAUAUAUCUGAUGUUUCGAGGCUUCAAGGGAUAUCAAGGAUCACUUCUGAAAUUAACUGGUAAAGAGGGAAAGAAAGCAGCACCUGUCGCUUUUGUAACUUUUGAAAAUAGAGAUCACGCUGAAAUUGCUAAAUCGGAACUGCAGGGUGUUCGAUUCGACCCAGAAUCACCAACCACUAUCAGAAUAGAGUUUGCCAAAGCAAAUACGAAAGCCACAAAACCUGCAAACAUCAAACCAACAAAUAUAGUACUACCGGCUGGUGCGCCUGGUAUACCGUCACCAACAUUCCCACCUUUUGACUUGGCAACCGGUAUGUUUGCUGCACAAGAUGGACAAUGGCCACCACAUGGCACAAAUUUUACCGACAUAAAUGGUAACCACAUCACCGCACUGCCGCAUCAGUUGCACCCAGGAAUCACCACGUUACCGAUAGGUCACUCACAUUUAAUGGCAUCUCUGUCACCUUUGGAUCACCUUUCAACUUUAUCAAUGAGUUUACCGUUUCACCCACUUGCUCCUGUCACUUUGGCUAAUCAAACACCACCGUUGCUUAAUCACAUGAUUGCGCCCUCAGAUUCCCGCCCACCAUGUACGACAUUGUUUGUGGCGAACCUAGGCCAUAAUACCACUGAAGAAGAACUCAAAAAUUUGUUUGCAAGGAUUCCAUCAUUCCGCCGUUUAAAAAUGCUUCGUAACAAAGGCACCACUCCGGUAUCUUUUGUAGAAUAUGGUGACUUACUAUGUGCAGUACAUGCCAAAAGCUCUUUGCAAGGGCAAGUUCUUUUCACAUCUGAAAAUGGAGGAAUGCGAGUUGAAUUUGCAAAAAAUAGAAUGGGCGAGUCUGGGAGAAAGAACGGACUUCCCGAUCCUGUACCAAGCUAAUUAGAAGAAGAAAUAACAUUUUAAAUAUUUUCAAAUUCAAAAAGAAAAAGAAUUUUUAUACUUUUUAAGUUAUUGGUUAAAAAUAUAUAAAGUCAAACGUAGAACUGUUAGGCUUGAUUUGAAUUCUUUGACGUCAACUCGAAUGGCGGAAAGUCACCGUUUGAAUCACCGUCUUGAAAAAAUAGUGUUGGGUCAUAAAAAUAUUUAGCUUCAGUUUUAUAAUAUAUUGUUUUAUUAACAAUAUUAGUACGAUAUGUAAAAUGCUUCCUGGCUACAAAUAUAUUUGGAAAAGAAAGAUUUGCGAAGUUAAAACACUUCCUGGGAAUACAAAAAGCUACAUAAAAAACUUUUUUACGACUUUUUUUCUGUUUUGAAAGCUAUUUAAUGUUAUUUAUUUUUUCUUUCGAUUUAUUUAAUUUUGGAGGAUGUUCAAAUUUCAUACGUAUUCGUUUUGUUUGUUUGUUUGUUUGUUUGUUUGUUUGUUUGUUUACUUCAUUUUAGUGACAAACGUUAUAUAUUAUUAUUUAGGAGGUUUGCGUCAGUAAAAGCUAACAUUUAGCUGUUAUGAUGGCUUACUUUUAAUUUAAGGACAAGUCCCUUUUCUUCAUCUGAAAUUCCAAAUAUUAUUUCUCUCAGCUUUCUCCCGUCAUUGUUUUAUAGGGGCAAGACUAGGCGUUAUUCUUCGAUUUUAACAACUUAAAGUCAUAAUUUAAAACCCUAGACUUUUUUCUACCUAAUUUUGUGUUUACAUAUUGUAUGAAUAAAAAUACCAAUUCGAAUAAAAUAUAAAUUUAUAUGUUGAGAAAAAGUAGCCUCGCAUUCAGAGAUUGAGUUAAACAAUAAUAAAGACUCGAAAGCGAGGCUAUAUAAAGAUGUAAUUUUCUACUUUACCUUGUGAAUAUGUGUAUAAGGAGUAUGUUAAAUCAUAUAUGACAUACUCCAAUUCUGUAGGUCAACUUGUUCAUGUAUAUAUACUGUGUUGUUGUAAAUGAAUUCAGAAACCUAAA